GUCCGUCGUCAUAGAAACGGUUUGUUGCUAGCUGACGUCCGGAGCCUCAAAACAAUGAAACUCAAGCGGUUCCUUCUCAGAUAUUAUCCACCAGGGAUUAUUCUGGAAUAUGAGAAAGGAGGAACUGUGAGGACCAGAUCCAUCGAGCUGCUGGACCUGAGUCCAGAAUCAAACCCAGAUGAGUUGCUGUCAGAGAUCCGCCUCUCGGAGCCUCUGGUCACUGAGUCCAGGGCUGUUCAGGUCAAGCAGCUGAUCCUCCGACUGCAGCAGAAACUGGGCCAGCAGGACCGCCACAGGUUCUGCUUCUUCAAGAGGCUGAAGGCCCACAUCCUGCCGCUGACCAACGUGGCCUUUGACAAGUCCGGGUCCAGGUUCAUCACAGGGAGUUAUGACCGGACGUGUAAGGUGUGGGCCACGGCCUCGGGCCUGGAGCUGCUCACGCUGGAGGGCCACAGGAACGUGGUCUACGCCGUGGCCUUCAACAACCCCUACGGAGACAAGAUCGCCACCGGCUCCUUCGACAAGACCUGCAGGCUGUGGAGUGCCGACACGGGCCGCUGCUUCCACUGCUUCACUGGCCACGCCGCGGAGAUCGUGUGCCUGGCCUUCAACCCCCAGAGUACCCUGGUGGCCACCGGCAGCAUGGACACCACGGCCCGGCUGUGGGACGUGGAGACUGGGGAGGAGGUGGCCACGCUGACGGCUCACAGGGCCGAGGUCCUCUCGCUGGCCUUCAACACCCUGGGGAGCCAGCUGAUCACCGGCUCCUUCGACCACAGCGUGGCGGUGUGGGACGUCGCUUCAGGAAGGUGUCUUCACACUCUGGAGGGUCACGGCGCUGAAGUCAGCAACGUCCAGUUCAACUGGGAUUGUUCCCUCAUCGUCUCCAGCUCCAUGGACAGAACCUGCAAGCUGUGGGCGGCGCUCAGUGGGCAGUGUGUGGCCACGCUGGACGGACACACAGAGGAGGUCCUGGACGUCUGCUUUGACCUCAGUGGUCAGCUGGUGGCUUCUGCUUCUGCUGAUGGCACAGCCAGAGUGUUCAGCACCACCACUCACCAGUGUCUGGUGACCCUGGAGGGCCACGGCGGGGAGGUCUCCACGAUCUGCUUCAGCCCUCAGGGCAGCCGGAUCCUGACGGCCGGCCAGGACUCGACGGCCCGGCUGUGGGACGUCCGGUCUGGAGUCUGCCUCCAAGUCCUGGAGGGUCACACGGACGAGAUCUUCUCCUGCGUCUUCAACUAUGAGGGGGACGCCAUCAUCACAGGCAGCAAGGACAACACAUGCCAGAUCUGGUCCUGAGUCCUGGACCCCCAGAGGACCAUCAUGUGUUCCACCAUGCCGAGUCAUCUGAGUUAAAGGGGCAUUGCAUCAUCUCUGAUUACAUGUCCCUGAUGUUCCUCAGACACGUUGACGCUCCACUGGUUUCCUGAGUGAACACUUUGCUCAUUAAAUGUUUUUUUAUAAAUAUUUCUGACAUUUUGGACGAA